AUGGGGCACCUUUUCAGAGAACUGGGACUACUGAGGCAGAGGAGUCAGUCAACAAAUGGAUCCAAAACAUUAUUAUCAAAUCAAAUAUUUGCAUACCUGAUUGUGAUCGAUUUUGAGUCAACUUGCUGGAAAGAGAAAACCAACUACGGCCAGGAAAUUAUUGAGUUCCCUGCUGUCCUGCUCAACACGUCCACAGGGGAGAUCGAGUCUGAGUUUCAUACUUAUGUCCAACCCCAAGAGCGUCCCCUUCUGUCCGAGUUCUGCACUGAGCUGACUGGGAUUAAACAGAUGCAAGUGGAGGCAGGGAUCCCCCUCCAGAUCUGUCUCUCUCGGUUUAACCGCUGGCUGCAGAAGGUGCAGGUGGAGAAGGGUUUGGUCUUUCCAAACGGACAACAGAAAUCUUCUGCACCUUCACCUUCUCAGAAACCGUGUGCUUUCGUCACGUGGUCAGAUUGGGAUCUCGGAGUUUGUUUGCAGUACGAGUGCAAACGUAAGCAGCUCCAUAAACCUGAUGUGCUCAACAGCUGGAUAGACCUGAGAGGAACCUACAGGAUGUUUUAUGACAAGAAACCCAAAGGCUUGAACGGGGCGCUACAGGAUCUGGGGAUACAGUUUGCAGGACGAGAACAUUCUGGUUUGGAUGACUCUCGAAACACCGCUUGUCUGGCAGUGAGGAUGAUGAGGGAUGGGUGUGUGAUGAAGAUCACCCGGAGCCUGGAGAAGGUGAGUGGCCGUCGUCCAGCGAUGCAUCUCAACUCCUAACGCCCCUAUUCUGCCUCCGUGAUCAAAAACCUGUUAUGAAUGAUGACUUAGUUCAAGUCUACGUGGAUGAAGCUUGUUUCACAUUGGGGUCUUUUAUAGUUUGUGAAGUUUUUUUUUGU